AUGGCAAGCUCCGAUGAAGCGAAGCCCCGGCGGACGACUUGUGACGAGUCGGCUCAGGCCAUCCGCAAGUACCUAGAUGAGCUCCGGCUGGAAGUCGAGAAACUUGAGGCCCAAGUGGCUGAACUUCAAGAGGAGGCGCUGCCUAAGUCUUCGGAGACCGGCGCUGUGAGGCUCAACGUGGGAGGUGACACGGGUUUCGAGCUCUUCAGAGAGCAGUUUGAUUGCUUUCCCAAGUCCCUUCUGCACUCGAUUGUAACUGGCCGCUGGGGCGGAUACACAAGCUUGGAUGAUGAUGGCCGCAUCUUCCUCGACUUAGACCCGGCACAGUUCCGUUGCGUCCUGGACUGGGCCUUUGCAGGGGGCCGAGUGAUGUUUGUUGAGAAUCUGAUGUGCAGGCGCCGAAUCGGAACGCCGCCGUGCGCCGGAGACCUCGGAGCCGCAGACCUCCUGCUGCGCUUUCUCGGCUUGGCGGAAGAUCCUGCCACAAUCGUUGGCGAGCCCAAGGUGAAGCUGGACCCAGAGGAUGGUGCCAUUUGUACAUACACAGAGAUUCUCUGCAAAUAUGCAAAGGAGUUUUCAACCGACGAGAUUCGUGACUAUUGGCUGAACUGCAUGGAGAGCGUGCGAAACGCAAUGCCAUGCUACCGACCAGUGAUGAUGUGCAACGGGAUGCCGGUCCGCGACCAGCUCACCUCUCAGCAGUCAUCACAGAUCGACGAGCUUGCUUGCCUCCUGGCGGAUCACAUCCGCGCCGUCCAGGAGGAGGGCCAGGAACUGCACCAACGGAGAAGUGCAGCUCAGGACCAACUGGAGAAAUUGGAAACGGAACGCACAGGCAUACGGCUGCUUGGAGGCAGAGCUGCUACGUCCCAAAGUAGUUCUGAAGUGCAGCAACCAGAGGUCUACUUCAAUGCCGCGGGUCGGAUCCUGGCCACAAGCCGCGCCACGCUUCUACACUGUACGGGCUCAAUGCUUGAGCGUUGGUUUGGUGGUGACUGGACGCUCCAAGAGAGCGACCUCGUCGGCAACGCUGUGCGGAUUGACCAGGACUCCGAGACCUUCGCGUCCGUGCUGCAGAUCCUAAGAUAUCAUCGCAUCUUCGGGCCGAGCUCUGGACUGCCCGCCGGGCAGCCCUGCCGAAAGGCCAAGCUCCCGGCUCUGCGCCAGGCCUUGUCCUACUUCCAGCUGGAGCAGGUGAAGGGCAACGGCAAAGGCUUCAAAGGCAAAGCCUCGCGGAGCGCUUCCGCCUGGUUGCGGCCGGAGUCGUCUCCUGGCUAUGCAAGUAACCCGUAA